GGCUGUUUCGGGCAGAGAACAGGGAAAUGAAGUUGUCCGACGGGCUAGCUCGGCAGCAGCUCCUCGGUGCAGCUAGGACAUUGGGUGGCAGCAGUUGUAGCAGAGUUUAGCUGGAAGAACAGCCAUGUUUGUGGUCAGUUAGUAAGUGUCAGGCGGCUACAGGGCGGGAUUCAGACUUAUUUUUGUUAUAAAGUAGUGACAACUUGCUAACCUGCACAAACCCGAGCUUCUUUGGGUUUGUGAUCUUCUCUCGGACAUUUGGAGUUUCCAUCUUCAGUCAUGCCUUUUCCUUUCGGGAAGUCUCAGAAGAAUCCAGGUGAAAUAGUGAGGAGCUUAAAGGACAAUGUGACCUACCUGGAGAAGCUGGAAGCUGGAGAGAGCAAGAAGUGUGAGAAGGUUGCAGAGGAGGUGUCCAAAAACCUUGGUUCCCUAAAGGAGGUUCUCUGUGGAACGGGUGAUAAGGAGCCUCAGACUGAAGCUGUGGCUCAGCUUGCACAAGAGCUUUACAACACCAACCUUCUUAUCGCCCUCAUUGCAAACCUGCAGAAGAUCGAUUUUGAGGGCAAAAAGGACGUGGUCCAUUUGUUCAGCAAUAUUGUGAGACGGCAGAUCGGCACUCGCACACCGACCGUGGAAUACAUCUCCUCACACCCAGAGAUCCUCUUCAUGCUGCUUAAAGGAUAUGAGAGUGCAGAGGUGGCUCUGAACUGUGGUAUGAUGCUGAGAGAGUGUCUGCGUCACGAGCCUCUGGCCAGGACCGUGCUCUUUUCCGAGGACUUCUUCUGCUUCUUCCGCUACGUGGAGCUCUCGACCUUCGACAUCGCCUCAGACGCCUUCGCCUCGUUCAAGGAUCUGCUCACAAGACACAAGAUUAUGUGUGCAGAUUUCUUGGAGAACAACUACGACCGGGUUUUUACAGAGUACGAGAAACUCCUGCAUUCUGACAACUACGUCACCAAACGACAGUCUCUGAAGCUGCUCGGGGAGCUUCUUCUGGAUCGACACAACUUCACCGUCAUGACAAAGUACAUCAGUCGGGCCGAGAACCUGAAACUGAUGAUGAACAUGCUGAGAGACAACAGUCGCAACAUCCAGUUUGAAGCGUUCCACGUCUUUAAGGUAUUUGUUGCAAACCCCAACAAGACCCAGCCGGUGAUGGACAUCCUGCUGAAGAACCAAACCAAGCUCGUGGACUUCCUGAGCCACUUCCAGACAGACAGAUCUGAGGAUGAGCAGUUCUGCGAUGAGAAGAACUAUCUGGUGAAGCAGAUCCGGGACCUGAAGAGACCCACGGCCCCCGAGGAAGCUUCAGGCUGAGGAGGACUGCUUCAUCAGGUGGAGGAUUACAGAGGGGGUGGUUUGGGCUUCAGAGGGCUGAAUGAGUGUAAAGAGAAUAAAAAAGCAUUUUAAAAAUGAAAUAUAACUAAAAGCAAUAGGAAAAAGUUGAUAUUACUUCCUUUAGUGUUGAUGUAGAGGUGAUUGAUCCAGCGUGUGGGUGGACCAGGAACUGUUACAGAAACCACAGUGCUUCUUAUGUCGUGAUCAUAAACCGCCUUUAAUCCGUGCACAGAGUGGCACCUUCAGCUGUUACGCUUCACUGACAGUUUGUGACAAAGAGCAGACCGGUAACGAGCUCUGUGAUGUUCUCCAAGUCCUUAUUUAAAGAUUGUAUCUAUAUUUUAGAGGUUGAAAAGUUGAGCUAAAGAAAAUGUUAUUUUUCUAAUGUAUCUUGUGUGUUUGCACGAGCCCCGCAGUGCUGGACUUGCCAAAGUGUUAGUCGUCACAGGAAGUGUAGACCAGAACCAUUCAGGAAUCAAUAGUGUGUAAUUAUUUUUGCCCUGGUGGGGCCCAGCAACUUUAACUGGACUGAAAUGGAAACAAAGGCUGGGAUGGCUGACAGCUCAUCGAUCUCACAGGAAGCGCUGCGGUUCUUCUUUUAGUCGUUUAACAAACCGUCACCCUGCAAGCAUUACCUGCGCGGGUCCUCUUCUGACAAAUACAACAAAGAUUAGAGAUCACCUGCAUUAAAACAUGUCUGCUGUGUCUGCGCUGGGAAAACUGCAGCUUUACAGUCCAACGACCAGAAGUUUAAACUGGCAGAGCUCAGUAAACCAGUCUGACCUGUUCACUUUCUAAAAGCAGAAAAAUAAUUUAAAACUCACUUAUGAUGC